CUUCUCUAAAUAGAUCGUAUUGUAACCGUUCCUCAGUCCAGCGUGGUUCCUUCAGAAAGUGUGGUGCAUCUUCUCCAGACUUCUGCGGUAUAUGAGGAGCCAGUGACAGUGAUGAACUCCGAGCAGGAAAGGCCGUACGUGUGCAGCGCCCCGGGCUGCUCUCAGAGAUUCCCUACGGAGGAUCAUCUAAUGAUUCAUCGGCACAAGCAUGAGAUGACCCUCAAAUUCCCCUCCAUCAAAAAUGACAACAUGCUGUCAGACCAGACACCCACCCCAACGCGCUUCUUGAAGAACUGUGAGGAAGUGGGUCUCUUCAGCGAGCUGGAUUGCUCCAUCGAACAGGAGUUUUGCAAGGCUCAGGAGGAGGAGGACAGCAAACAGAAUAUCACUCUUCAUGGGCAGGGGGGCCCUAACCAGCACCAGCAGACCCACUCAAGAAUGGCCAACCACGACGGCAGCAUAGUGAUCCAGCAGGCACUGCCUUCUCCUCAGUCCAGUUCUGUCAUCACUCAAGCCCCUUCCACCAACAGACAGAUUGGGCCAGUGCCUGGUUGCCUUUCCUCGUUGUUGCACCUGAGGAACAGACAGCGACAGCCACUGCCGGCCUCCAUGCCUGGCACGUUGCCUGACCCGACUAUGCAAGGAUCGUCUGCUGUUCUGAUGCCUAUGGAGAGGCAAAUGUCUAUGGGCUCCAACAUGAUGGGCAUGCAAGGCCCCGCCCACAGCAGCUCAUGCUCCUCCCCUCAUGUUCCAUCCAUGCACUCAGAGGCAAAGCUGAGACUGAAAGCUGCCCUUGCCCACCAUCCAGGGGGCAUGGCGAAUGGCAGCAUGAACUCCAUGGGUCAUAUGAUGGAGAUGAUGCCAUCGCGGCAGGAUCAGGCCAGUCACCACCACCUGCACUCUCACCCUCACCAGCACAUGCAGGGUCCGCCCCACGGAUACCCACACCAUGCCCACCACCACCCCGGCCAUGCACAGAGCGCCCAUCACCACCCACAAAGCCACGGGCACCACAACUCCCACCCGCCUCACCUGCACCCUGCACAUGGACAUCAGACCUCUCCACACCAACCCAUGCACUCUGCUGCUUCACAGUUAUCUCCAGCUGCGCAGCAAAUGCAUCCGACGCAGACCCUUCAGUCCCCGCCGCCCAGCGGAGGUCGUCGUAGACGGGUCAUGGACGAAGAUCCCGACGAGCGCCGGAGGAAGUUCCUGGAGAGGAAUCGCGCGGCCGCCACACGCUGCAGACAGAAGAGGAAAGUGUGGGUGAUGUCGCUAGAAAAGAAAGCAGAGGAGCUCACCCAAACCAACAUGCAGCUGCAGAACGAGGUCACCAUGCUAAAGAACGAGGUGACACAACUGAAACAGCUUUUAUUGACACAUAAGGACUGUCCCAUCACCGCCAUGCAGAAAGAGUCUCAAGGUUACCUCAGUCCAGAGAGCAGUCCGGCAGGAAGUCCCACCCCUGUAACCCAGCAGCAAGUCAUCCAGCACAAUACCAUCACCACCUCCAGCACAGCACCCAAUCACCGCACAGAUAUUAACUCCAUCCACUAAAGACUCCACCCCUGAUGCCCCCCACCACGCUGGACAUCCCUACUGCAAAUUCUGGACAGACACACACACCUCUGUGCCUCUGUGGCAGCUUAUUGUUCUGUUUGUGAUUUGUAAAUGUAAACUGAUUACCAUUUUGUUUAGUUCUGUGUCUGCAUAGGGAGUCUGCAUAAAUCAUCAGGCACCAUCUCACUUGUCAAGGACAUCACUAAUGGAAACGCAACUGUUACAUCUGUUCAUGGAUUACUGCUGGACCACUGCCUUUACAAAUUACAGAAUUCAGAUAGCUGGAUAGCUUUUGCUAUGAAUUUUCCAUUGCCAGAAAGAUGCUGUCCUUUUCCUUUCUGUUUAUUGUUAUUACAAUUACUCUCACAUUCCCCUUUUUAUCAAAUUCAAAAGGAUAAAUUAGGAAGGUCAGUCUCCAUUGGGAGUUCCUAAUGAAAGUAACCUGAAGCAAUAUGAAUCUCUGACAUGCUCAGCAAUCUGAUUGUCUUCACUUGCUCGCUCGGACCAGAAUCUAGAUCAGAUUAAGUUCAACCUAUUAGCUCCUGUCAUUUCAGAUAUAAUCCCAAAAGUUAUCUUCGUAAAACAAAACGGCUUUCACUCCUAAAAUGGUACAGAUCAUGUAAAUGGAAUGCAUUUAUCAAGCUCACACAGGCUUCUGUGAUCAUAUGCCCUGCUGAACAUUUCGGAGUAUUCCCAGAGUGGCGAGAUCACAGCUGCAAUAGUGUUGCACCAGGAACAUCUCACUUGGCGUUCGAACGUUUCAGAAGACACCAUCAGCUGUUUCAUUUUAAGCUGAUGUAACUUCUGGUCAGAUUUACCCCUGGUCCUCGUCAGUUUGCCUAUUACUUCUACUGGCAGUUCAUUUCGGUAUCUGUUUCAGAUCAGCGAGUGGACUAAGUAUUACGCACAUACUUCAAUACAUUUUUAUGUAUGUUUUGUGCUCAUAUGUGGGCCUUCCAACCACAUUCAAAACACUCCAUCUAAUCUUGAACCAGAAUAAUGCCAUGGAAAACUUUUGGAAGCUUUUGCUUUACCUGAGGCUAUGGAAAAGUUCCACUGAAGUCAAAUGCAUUGUUAAAUGCUACUUAAAAUUAGCUUUCGUUUUGGCUUGAAGUAUUGUUUAGAUCUUCCUCGGGCAUUCUGACUGUGAGGUAAAUUAAAUUUAAUAGGAUUAAAUGUAAUAGGAUAUAUUUUGAUACAUCCCAGUUCAUAGUCCUGGUUUGUUUGGUGCCUAGGAAAUCAUAUGAGGCUUCCUUCUUGCCAUGGACCAUGGUAAAUUCUGCACUUGACUAUAGUACUUAGGAAACUGUCAGGCUCCAUCAAAGGUUCUGGAAAUGUGCUGUUGAUUUUGAGAUGUUAUUAUUACUGUAAGGGGCCGUUCACCAAGAAUGCAUUUUCGCGUUUAUAACAUGCAAAAGACAGGUUCUCAGGAUUCGUUUGCACUUCGUACAACUUGACAAGGAGCAGAGACAUGCAGUGCAAUGCCAUUUUGUUGGCUGUCUCAAUCACAAAUCCUUCCAGUGCACUGGAAUGUUUGCUUCUUAAAAAAAUCUCACAACGCACCACAAAACCAGGGCACAUUUAUGGCUACUGUGUUCCCUUACCAGAAAAUACAUCCCAUUUUCUGAACCGCCUCAACUCAGUACAUAUCAUUACACGAUAGAAGUUUUGAUGGUGGCAUUUUACAACUCAGAAACAGUGUCUCAAUGUGUAAUGAGCCAGGGUUCUUACCAGUGCACGAUACACUGAUUCACAACCUAGGGAGCUGAAUGAAACACACCCGAAUAAACGUCACACAAUGGAAUGUGAAAACGCAUUCUGUGUGCCCUAAUAAUAACAUUCCAAGGUGAACUUUGUAAGGGAUGUAUGGGCAAGAUCCCAUAUACCUCAUGAGUGCAUGAUCAUGGACCAUGAGCUAUAAAGAUGGCCACUGUCACUUUAAGAUAUUGAGUCCUAAAUACCUUAAAGACGGUGACACACCAAACCAACAUUAAAGAACUAGCGGCGAUGAAAGGCAACUGUUGUUAUCUUGCGUCGCAUGUGUUUGGGCCAAAAAGUUGCUGCAAAGACUACAGCCAAAGGCCAGCUAGUAUGCACAUUCUGCAUAUGCGUGAAAGGAAAUAAUUUUCCAUACCAGCAGGUGGCAGUAGUUGGCAACAGUGUUCUGCAUUCAAAAAGGGAAACCGAACUACAUAUAUACAAACCGUAAACAAAGCAGUGUUUUUUUUUUUUUUUUUACAACUUUCUUUAUUCCAUAUGUUAUUUCGUUGCCAUAUCAUUAUGAAAAUAUUUGCAUACCAGAAUGCUCAGGUAAGAUGUGAAAUUAGAACAGCCAUCUGUGUGCAGCCUCUUUGUUGUUUGCUUGUUUUCGUCACUUUUGUUUUUCUUCUUGUGCACUGGUUCGCUAAGCUAAGCAGCCAAUCCAGCGCUACUUCACAACCAAUUCGUACGUACUUUACGAGGUGGCUAAUAUGUACAAAUGUGUAUGACUUCAAUUAUUCGAUUUUAUAUGAUUUCUGUGAGGGGUAGGUUUAGGGGUGGUCAUUCGUACGAAUUUGCCUCCUCGUAAUAUGUGCAUGAUAUUUUUCACAAAAUGUACAAAUUCGUACUAGUGAGGUUGUAAGAAUUCAUACAAAUUAGCCACCUAGUAAAAUAUCUACGAAUUGCCGUGAGAUUGAGUUGGCCAAUCAGAGUGAUCUUUCUCACCGACUCCCUGAGACUAAUUUAACAUGCUUAAUUGGCCAAAAAGCCACCGACAGGGUCCGACUAGUAGUGACGGUGUGGAACUGACAUUGGCAGACGGCCGAUUGUUGGCUUGGUGUGUCACGGACUUUAGUCGCAUUUUCCUUGUCUAAUUGCAAGUAAUGACACAAUUUGGUCCACUUUUGUUUCUCUCCGAUGCGAAAAUGUAGCAAUUUACUAUUUCCACGCAGGUACUGAUCUAGACCAAUCUUCAUACUGCUUUCCAAAUGUCACUAUGUGCCUGAAUAUGUCUUAAAUACUCACAUAGGGAGGAAUGUCAGUCCUUAGUAAUACCUUGAUAUCAUUGCAUUUAUUUUCAAUUCAGGUUGAACUUUAAGGCCUUGACAUUGUUUAGCUUUUUUGUAAAGACUAAUUACUAGUGUUUUAUUGUGGACACUGUUUUGUUUCGGACUCAUUUUGGUGUUAAUGGACUUUUCUACCUUCUUGAACCAAGGAGGCCUGUGAUGAGAAUACAGGCAAGCUGGAAUGUUGGAAUGUUUCCCCUCUGCCGAAAAAGGGCCUUUUUUCCAGCAGCUAAGCUCAGAACUCUGUUUCAUGUUUUUCACAGUUUGUAGAGGACUUUUCUUCCCUCCUAAAUGGAACAUAUUGAUUCCCUUCGCCUUUCCUUGCAGCACUGUGUUUGGAACAAAAGCGUGCAAAACGACCUCCACAUUGAGAGGUGGAAAUCUUGUAGCUGUCUAUGCACUUUGACCUCUGCGCAGCAGAGGAUGGAAUAGCCAUAUAGAAGACUCAGCGAUUCGCAGUUCCCACACCAGCGAGAGCCAGCCACUGUCAAUCUAUGGAGCAACACAACUUGUACGGACCAAUCGGAUUAGGUUUCGAGCGGAUGACCUCCGAACCGAAGGCUUGGGUUUUGGCGGUGCUCCUGUAGCUUUAAGACUUUAAACUGUCCCUUUAGAGAAAACCUGUUUGUCACACUGUGAAAUAGGUGACAUCAAGGUGAACUGGAAACACGACUGUGCUUUUAUUGUUGAUUUUGUUGGACCUUAUGGUGGUUUGGUUGUUUCCCAGCAUAGUUCACAUAGGAUAGUUCACCCAAAAAUGUACAUUGUCAUCAUUUACGCCUAAUAUCAUUUCAUACUUGUAUCUUUCUUAUCUUUCUUCUGAAAAACACGAAAGUACAUAUUUUGAAAAACU